UGCCUUUUAACAUCUGUUGAAAGCAAUGGAGACGACCAGCAUAUUUUGGAUAUAACAUGACUUUGAAGGCUACAAUUUCUAUCUAACUUUAUACAGGACUUAAUCGGUUUCAUUUAAAACAUGUUAGGGACAUUAUGUCGGACCGGCGGCGCUGUUUUUAAGAACUCCCAGCAGUCUCUCCCCAGGCUGUGGGUGACUCUUUCCCAGCAAAGAUGUGCUUCCCGAUUACCCAUGAACACCGUGGUGCUGUUUGUGCCGCAGCAGGAGGCCUGGGUGGUGCAGAGGAUGGGCCGCUUUCACCGGGUCUUAGAGCCGGGACUCAACUUCCUCAUUCCCGUUCUUGACAAAGUUCGUUACGUGCAAAGCCUGAAAGAGAUUGUCAUUGACAUCCCUGAACAGUCAGCUGUAUCUCUAGAUAAUGUGACUCUACAAAUUGACGGGGUCCUUUAUCUGAGAAUCUUGGAUCCUUUGAAGGCUAGUUAUGGUGUGGAGGAUCCAGAGUACGCUGUGACUCAGCUCGCACAAACCACAAUGCGCUCAGAACUGGGCAAACUCACGCUGGAUAAAGUGUUCAGGGAAAGGGAGUCCCUGAAUUCCAACAUUGUGCGCUCCAUCAACCAGGCGUCAGACGAUUGGGGAAUCCGCUGCCUGCGAUAUGAAAUCAAAGAUAUACAAGUCCCACCUCGUAUUAAAGACUCUAUGCAGAUGCAGGUGGAAGCUGAGCGUAAGAAGAGAGCCACAGUGCUGGAGUCUGAGGGGAUGCGGGAGUCGGGAAUAAACGUCGCUGAGGGCCGCAAGCAAGCUCAGAUCCUGGCAUCAGAGGGGGAGAAGGCGGAGCAGAUCAACAAGGCAGCCGGUGAAGCCCAGGCUGUGUUAGCCAAAGCAGAAGCUAAAUCCAAGGCCAUCCGUCUGCUGUCAGACGCUCUGGCUGAACAGAACGGGAAUGCCGCGGCCUCUCUGAGUGUGGCCGAGCAGUACGUCGCUGCUUUCUCCAACCUCGCCAAAAAAUCCAACACUUUGCUGCUGCCCUCCAACGCAGGGAACAUCAGUGGCAUGGUCACGCAGGCCAUGACCAUUUACAGCAAGCUGGCCAAACAGAGUCCACCAGCUGAGAGCAUGAAGACAGACGAGCCUCCAGUUCAGUCACCACCAGCCCAAUAGCUAUGGACACAAAAAAGACUUCCACAGUUCUGCACUGAAGCGUCCCUGCUGUGAGGACUCGCUCAGUGUCUGGUGCUCUAUCUCCUGCAGGGCACAGAAUGUCGCAGCGGAGAAUAAACAACACAUGUGGAGCAAGGACGACUGGGAGAAGAGAAACUGAUCCACAAAUUAAAUGACAUGUGUUGGCGUUAAAGGGACAGUUCACACAUAAUUCACCUCUUACCUGUAUCAUUAAUCUAGAUUAUUAUGGUGUACAAUGAAUGAGAUUAGAUUGAUAAAUAGCACCUAAGAUAAGAGAUAUUUGUUUGUGGUGAACUGUUCCUUUAAAUGGACAUUUGCAGGCUGUUAUAUUAUUUAUAACUGAAUAAAUAUUUCAGGGCAUUUGGCACCUAGUCUUGUUUGUUGGAAUAUAAUUGAAUAUGCUUUUGUUUUUGUGUUUUCUUUUUACUUUCUUUGAUGUUUGCAACCCUUAAGAAAUAAAGUACCUACACCUUAAGAACCUGUUGUUUUUUAAUAUACAGAAUAAAAUAAUAAAAUUA